AUGAUUCGAUGGAAUUAUAUGCUCGAUCUCGGUGUAACUCGAUGUACUGGAGUUACUGCAGAGUACCCGCAGCAAUCGGGCCCCUACAUUCAGGGCGAUGACAGCUCCGGAUGCAGGGACAUGGUCCGCAUGACGGGCAGGCGACUUGAAAGUCAACUGCGUUCAGUCCGUGGCAGUACAGGACGUUCUGUUGAGCUUCUCCGAUGGGCAAUGCAGGGCCCCAGCACGCGUACGUUGACGGUGACAAGCGGGCGGUCAGUGACAGGAGCCAUCUCGACACACACACUUGCAGAGUCCAGCUAA